AUGAAUGUGCAGCUUCCAAUGAAGGCAUUAAUUAUUCACAUAAACCAAGUCAUUGGAGCAACAGAUGCUUUGCCACAGAUUCCAACACCACAGGUUGCACAGAGUAAAAACUCUGAGAAGGCAAAGAAGUCAUUAGUUAAAAAAGCUCAGGAUUCAUGUCACACCUUAAAUGGCCAGACCCUUCUUGAAUUCUCUCGAUUUCAAGAAAUGGAAGGGGAAGGAGCUGGCCCAGAACUGCGGGUGAAGGCUGCUGCUCUGUGGGUCCGCGUCGCCUUCCGCCCUUCGCUCCCUAAGGACCUGAGGAGCAUCCCUGACAAGAACAUUACGCUCUGGCUGUUCAAAGUAACCAAGCCGGCCACUGUAUCUUUUACCAAUGACACGCACCUGAGUGGUAAGGAGUUCGAUGACUACACAGAAAUGGCAGCAUCCUUACCUGUCACACUAUCAGGACUGGGAUGGCUGAAAUUUGAUCUCACAUCAACAGUGCAGAACUGGUAUGCUGCUAGACAUGCUCCAAGGGAACGUCUGCGCCUUCUGGUAGACUGUUCUGGUUGUUCUGAUAUGGUGGAAGCCAUCCUGUUCCAGCAGCGGCCACCAGAUGCUGAUUAUAAGCCACAUCCUGAGACUAGUUUCUCUAGGGUGAUUAACAGUAUUGACUCCACAAGUGACCUGUACUCUCAAAGUCACCCUAGCAGUCUGGGUCUAUCCAAUGAUGCCCAGCGUCCAUUUCUAGUAGUCCACACAGAUCCAACUGCCAUUAGACGUGUCAGAAGAAGAGCAUUGGAUUGCACUGACGGAGACAAAGGUCCUUGCUGCAAAAACAAAUUUUACGUUAAUUUUACAGAAAUCGGAUGGGAAGACUGGAUUAUAGCACCUAGUGGUUACUAUGCAAAUUACUGUCGUGGUGAUUGUGGUGGACCUCACAGAACGCCAGAUUCCUACGUGAACUUCCAUACACCUCCACUGGAGGAGUAUAGAAAGAUGGACAGCCUACCAGGUUUACAACCUUGUUGUGCUCCAGUCAAGUUCUCAUCAAUGUCUUUAAUUUAUUGGGGUCUAGAUAACAAAAUAAUAAAGAGAGAUCCCCCGAAAAUGGUUGUUGAUGAGUGUGGUUGUCCUUAG